AUGGGGGGGGGGUACACGUACGAGGACUACGUCGCCCUGGCGACCGGGCUGCAGGCCGGCGCGCCCGAGAGGCAGAGGGAGGUGGUGCGGGGAGUCCUGCGCUCGGUCUUCCCGGCGUGGUUCCCGGCGUUCUAUCGCAUGCUUUUCCCUCCAAGCAAGUUUUCUGCUGAGGUGAACGCGUUCAUGUGUCCUCCGCUGUUUGGGUGGCUCGUGGGAAAGUCGGAGCUCACGGAAGGCGUUGUCGAUGUCAAGGCGGCCAAGGAAGGGGAGGGUCCUAGGCAGGAGGUUUGGCGUAACACCGUAAAGGUGGAACGCUGUCGGUACCUGGAGGCGAGCAAGUGCAAGGGGACGUGCAUGAACCUCUGCAAGCUCCCCACCGAGGCCUUCUUCAGGGAAGACCUGGGUAUGCCGUUGCGCAUGACCCCAAACUUCGAAGACCUGUCGUGCGAGUUCGCGUUUGGUCAAGAUGCCUUGCCUGCUGAGGAAGACCCCCUGAUGCGAGAGCCCUGCUGGACCGAGUGCCUCAGCUCGGACAAGCAGCUGAAAAAGCGCCAGAGAGCUUGCCACACCAUGCCGGAAUCCCCCCUCAGGGGACCGUAA